CUCGCGACCGACUACCACUGCACUGCUGCGGCGCGGGACGUUUUUCGUUUUUCAUAAGUGUCCAAAAUUGAUGAAGAUAUUGUGAGGGAAGCUCUUCACUUGGCGCAACACCUACGUCCUUGUAUUAUGUUCUGCAAGACCAUAAGUUGGUUUAUCUGCAUCUUUUUGGCAACAGUCAUAGCAACAAAUUACAAUGGCACAGACUCCGUUACAGAAUCUGGUCCUGAAGUCACAGUCCAUUACGUAAAAACAGACAAGCCAGAAUCAUUCACAGUGGAUCGAGUUCUGGAAGGUAAGGAGACCUCAGCCGUGGACCUCGCCACCCUCCUGGACGCUGGGGACGGCGCCGUGGUGACUCUGGUGGCGGGCGAGACUCGUCUGGCGGCGCACAGGGCCGUCCUGGCCGCAAGGAGCCCCGUGUUGGCUGCAAUGUUGCAGGAGGCCGGCGGCAGCCAUCUCAGCGUGCCGGGCGUGGAGGGCGCGGUGCUGCGCCAGCUGCUAGCCUACUUGUACACACUCCGGGCUCCCCAGCUGCCGGCGGUGGCCCCCCACCUGCUGGCUGCCGCUGACAGGUACGGCCUGUCUGCUCUGAAGGCAGAGUGCGAGCAGCAGGUGGCCGCACAGCUGUCCGUCGAGACUGCUGCGGCCACAGCUGUCCUCGCGAUGAGGCACAACUCCGACAGCCUCAGGCGCGAUGCUGUUGCCUUCGUAAAGGCCCACUUGCCCCGCGUGAUGGCCACGCGGGGCUGGGCUGAUGCUGUAGCCGACUACCCCCAAUCUGUUGCGGAGUUAACUCGCCUCGUUUCACAGCCACCGAUGGAAACCAGCUCACCGGACAGCAACAGCAACAGCACACCCACCACUCAGCCCCACAGUGAGCAAAGCGAUGAGGACCAGACACCUAGCACAGCUGCCACGCCUGCGACUCCCUGCUGCGCAUCACCACCUAAUGUCACCGCUCUCUGCCUCCUGUGGAGUCUUUCUGCAGAGGAGAAGGGCAGGAGGUUGAUAGAGGCAGCUAAGCAGGGGACAGUGGAAGAGCUGGAGGAGCUACUCGCCGUUGGUACAGACGUGGCGAUGGGGGACAAUAUCAGGAGCACUGCCCUGCACUGGGCAGCAAACAGGGGACACACAGAGGCAGUGAGGAGUCUGGUGGAGGCUGGUGCAGUGGUGAAUGCCAGGAACUACUGGCAGAAGACGCCUCUCCACUACGCCGCACAGAGUGGCCACACAGCUGUGGUGGAGGUGCUGGUGGCGUCCUCUGCCGACCCCAACGUCAGGGAUGAUGACGGGUGGACGCCGCUGCACGAUGCGGCAUACUACGGCCACGCAGAGGUGGCGACAACACUGCUAGAGGCAGGAGCUAACAGGAGGGCCACAGAUGACUGGGGUAGAACCCCACUGGACGUCGCCAGGCAGUACAACCACCACCAGCUGACGGACUGUCCCUCUGUCCAUCUUCACUGUCUUUCCCUGAGCUCGGCGUCAUGUUUGCAGAGCGUCUGCAGGGGCCACCACACAACCAUCAUGCAACAACUCUGGUUGGACAGGCGCUACUGCCGACAGUGCCCUCAUUUUCGCAGAAGUCACACUACCAAACUGUGUGAAUCUUCACCUCUUCGCGGUGCAAAGACUGUUCCAAAAAAUUUCAGGCAUGCAACUGCAUAAGUGCGACUUCUUUUUCUAAUAUUUCGGCUGAAUACCAUCCAGCCAUCUUUAGGUUCGGUUGACGAUGAAUUUAAUUAAUAGAGAUAGCGGCUUCAGCCUAUAUAAAUCAUGGAAUCUGGCAUUUUCUGUAAUAAACUCACAAAGAUGUCACGACAGUGCAGCUCGCAGUGACACAUCAGUGUCACCAUGUGGAUCGAUUGCGCAGCCAUAGAUCUAAUUCCAUGCAUAUGUGAUACCUCUGUGCCACUGAUAAACGUCUCUGGUGCUUGUAUCUGUGGCCGCAAGUGCAGUGGUGCGGUCCACAGGUUUAAAAGGACGGACCAAGUGACCUCCUUCCCAAUCAGCACAAUGUGGCUGAUGUUUAUCCUUUGAGCACCUCAUCACAAAAUGUGCACAACAAGCUAAAUGCUCUAGGUGUGGGGGGCAACACAGCCUCUCACAAUGCAGCCUCAGGGAAGAAAAGUGCAUUAUAUAUACAUAAUAGAGGGAAACAUUCCACGCGGGAAUACCUCGACGACACCUUAACAGAAACAAAAGUAGACUCCAUCAUGAGUGACCAUCUCCCCAUCAUACUCUCAACAACAGCAACACAACCCCCUCCCACUCACCCGACUAACAGAACCAUAAAUGUGUACUGGACAAAUAUCAAAACAUGCUAACAGAAGAACUAACUGCCCCCAUCAGCAUCACAGACCCAGACGAGCUACAACAUGUUGCCAACAAACUUGAAUCGGCCCUCCAAACAGCCAUAACAGAAGCAAUACCCACAAAAACAAUAGAGAACUGGAAACCCCACAUCCCCCCAGACGCAUUAAACCUUAUCCCACAGAAAAAACAACUACAAAGACAAAUGAUGAGGAGACAAACCACACCUGAAAUGACAGUGGAAGAGAUUAAAUGCCAGGGUCAAGAGUAUCACUUCAACACACAGACAAAAACAGUGGGACGACACAUGUGCUCAGCUAAAUUACAGAGAGGGCAGAAAAUUCUGGAACAUAAUUCAAAACAUUAACAGUACAACGAAAGACGACUCAAUCCAGCCUGUGGGUAAACAAGGAACCAAUGACCGACCACAAAGAACAGGCUGAAGCAUUUAAACAGGUGUUACAAGAAGUUUAUUCAUUCCCAGCUGACGACAAAUUUGACAAACAAUUUAGACAACAUGUGGAAUCCCAACUGCCACAAAUACUAGCAACCCCCAUGAGCGACACAUAAAAACAACCAGCCCUCACUAGAGACAUAACAGAGACCGAAAUAGAAGAUGCAAUCUACACAGGAGGAAACUCUGCCCCUGGAGAAAACGGUGUCCAAUGACUCCACCCCCAAAAAGUGCCAUCACGUAUCCUUAUCCCUAUACUAUCCCUCAUCUACAACUUCUACAUGAAUCACAAAAUACUACCGACAAAUUGGAAAACCAGUAGAACCAUCAUGAUCUCCAAACCCGACAAACCCAGGACUGACCCUCAUUCGUAUAGACCAAUAUCACUACUUGACAUAAUAGGAAAGUCAUACGAUCACAUAUUGACGGACAGGAUACGAAAAUACACAGACGACAAAGGAUUAAUCCCCCCAAUACUGGCAGGUUUUCGGCAGAAGCACUUGACCAACGACUCCCUUUUGAAACUGACUAUCAGCAUAGCAAAAGACUUCAACAAAGGACACUGUAAACUCUCUGACCUUCUGGACAUCAAGCAUGCCUUUGACAAACUGUGGCACAACGGCCUGCUAUAUAAACUAUCUGAAGUAGGGCUCCCAACAAAAAUGAUAAGAAUAAUAAAAGCCUACCUAAUUGACAGAACCUGCAUCAGACAUGUAGGAACAGGAAAAUUCGGAGCUUUCACACCACAAGCAGUGGUACCUCAAGGAGGAAUACUAUCCCUCUUACUGUAUACACUCUAUACCGCUGACAUCCCCAUAGUUAGGACAUGUACAGAAACCAUAGGUCUGUAUGCAGAUAAUACAGCCUACUGGUGCACAGAACUGAAAACAAGCACCGUACAACAAAAGACGAACAACUACCUCACAAGACUAGAGCAAUGGCUGACCAAAUGGCCCCAACCCCAACAAAACACAAACAGUUCUCUUCAAACACAGACAUUUGAUCAAAUAAUGACAGCAAGACGACAACGACGUCCAGCUAUCACUAUUGAACAUGCCCCUUACAUUGAACAACUCAGCCAGAUACCUUGGAGUACACCUAGAUUGACACCUUAAUGAGAAAAUACACCUGAAUCACCUACUAAACAAAACAUGACUAAGACGAGAUUUAAUGAGACAGGUGCAAGGGUACUUCCAUGGCUGCAGCGAUGAAACAGCCCUACAUACGUAUAAAACGUUCAUAAGACCAAUAUUGGAGUAUGCAGUCUCCCCACUUGGGAGAACACAUGCCCACAUAGUGGAAAAACUCUAUAAAAAAGAAAGAAGACUUAUACGCAGCAUCACCCAGCUACCUCCCACAACCCCCAGCAAUGAAGUGUACACAAUCUCAGGCAUAGAACCACUACAAACCAGAAUGGCUAAACUCAGGGUGAGGUACGGAAAACACAUACUCCACACCAGGACAGACAUGGAGAAUAUUAUCACCAUAAAUGGAAGGGAAAACAGAGAACCUAAGUACAAAUACAUACCACCCUCACACACAAUAGCCCAAAACAUAGCCAAAACAUUCCCUGACCUCAUCCCAAUCCUGCAGCCCCUAAAUGAAAACACAACAACACCAACUCACCUUGAUGAAAGAAUAACGGAUUAAACACACACACACAAAAUACACCAACACAAGAAACAAACAAUCUACACAACACCAAACACCUGACAAAACCGAUCACCCCCUCUCAGGAUCAGUUAACAAAUAAAAAGGUCAACCAAAAUUGAAAAUACCCAAAGAAGAGACACAACACCGCCUAUAAAUGUACACUACUAAAAAAAAAAAUUUGUAAAGCAACUACAGUCAGAAUCUGAUAUAUACAACAGAUUACCAAAAUAUAUGUAUAACGAUAAAGAAAAUCACCCUCGAUACUUACUGUGAAAAUUCUAACAAUCCACAAACAAAUAUAUAUUUCACUCAAUUAUUUCUUUUGUUUUUAACAUGCCUUUUGUUUUUAUUAUGCCUUCUAUUCUUAUGUAUUUUAUUUCUAUUAUGUUUCUUGUUUUUACUUAAAACCUACAUUAUAUUAAAAUAUGUUACAUAAACUUUUUUGUAUAAAAAACGAAAUAUACUAUAGUACUUGAUGUAACGUAAUUGUAAGACAUAUAUGACAACGCACUUGUGAGAAAAAUAAAUAGUGUCAAAAAUAAUAAAUAUGUAAAACCCCUAUGGUUGAAAAGGGAUGCCAGCAUGCAGAUUUUAUGGAAUUCCAAACUGUGGCUUGCAGGAAAUGUAAAACUGCUUUGCGAACUUGUGUACACAGUCCAGGUAGAAAACUGAGCACAUCAUAUGACAUGUGAAUGGUACUCCACUCCAAAGGAUUAUAAAGCAAUUACACUUAUAAUAUUUUUUUUAAAAAAAUGGCAAUGCAGCUAGAAAGAACUUAGCAGUUUGUCAAAAUGAAUGAUGAAACGUUAUCAUCAAAAGUCAGAAUUGUCAAAGAGGGCACUGCUGGUAACUAAGAGGUACUAGCAAGUUACCUGUCUUACAAAUUGCAAUAGAGUAGCAAUGUUAUGUAAUGUUUCUCAACAGUUGGAAAAUUCAGCUACAAAGUCUUGAGCUAGCCAAGCUGUCUACACAGAAAUAUGCACCAUAGUUCCACUUUGUUUGCAGUAAAACAGAAUUAAAAGACACUACAUGCAAAAAAUAAUAUUUCUGUCCUGAUUUUGUUGUCAUGUCUACUAUCCAUAGUCAGAUUAACACUGUUGAAAGACAAAGUUGCACUUGAAGCAGGAGCCAGGUCAUCAGAUGUAAACACAAGAGAACGCUACAGAUUUCAUGACUCUCCACACCAAAUGGGAUAUACAUCAGUCAAAAUUGUGCAAGUGAGGAGGUAAUGAAAUGCAUGAAACUACAGGAAAUAAAAUUCACUGUUUUGGUCCAUAAAUCAAAUAAAUAGUCAUUAUUAACUGUAUGUCUAAUGAGUGAGUUACUGUUUCAUCAAUUAACUGAAAUUUGCUGUCUGUAUUUUGCGAGAAAAAAUUGGAUACUUUGCGUCAGCAAAGUAUCCAGUUUCAUAGCUGUAAGCAAUAAAGACUGCAGAUAAUGAACUUCUCAUACUUCAGCAUCUCUAUACAGCCAUACAAAUGAUGGCAUUCAUGUACUGUGUAAUCAGCCACAGACUAAAACAUUGAUGAGGAGUUUUCAUUUAAAACAAUUUCAAAGUUCUUUUGGUGCAGAUUUGUCAGACUUGUAUGUGCAAGGAAAAUCUGGUAUGGGAGUAUGGCAGUUGAGAUCAAUAUAAGCUUGGCAUGCUUUGUUAUACUCAAUGAAUGAAUGGCAUAAACAGAAUGACACCUUAGAUGUCGAACAGUGCUGAUUUUGGAAGGAUCAUUCAUGUAAACUCGGACUCACACAUUCUCACCUGUCAACAGAUCGAGGCUGUCAGAGAGUUGCAGUAUUUCUUUAUCUCAAUAAAGCAUAUGACUCAGUACCACACUUAUAAUUAUUAUCGAACAUGGGAUCGUAUGGAGUACGAAACAAAACUUGUGACCAGUUAGUGGUUUUCAUGAUAUGGAUGACACAGCAAAGUUAUCUUGGAUGGAUUGUCAUUAAUAACCCAUCCCAAUUCAAAAAUAACAGUGAAGUGCAUAGCUACAACACUAGAAGAAAGGAUGACAUUCAUUGUUCUGGAUUAAAUCUCACUUUGGCACAGAAAGGGGGUGAAUUAUGCUGCCACAAAAAUCUUUGGUCAUUUGCCAAAUAGUAUUAAAAGUCUGACAGAUAGCCAACCACAUUUAAAAGCAAAUUAAAAGAAUUUCUGAAUGACAACUCCUUCUA